CCUUUCCUCCUCCUCCUCCUCCUCCUCUCUCUUGUCUCUCUCGCUCCCGCUAUAACCAACAUGGCCGCUAAAUCGGACGGAGGUUCCUCGGCCGCGGUGUGUGUGGAGGAGGACCCCCCGGACAGGGACCCCCCGGCCCGGGGUCUAGGUCCGAACCGGGGUGCGGGUCCGGGCGGGACCCCCUACUCGCUGCUUGACUGCUGCUGGGUGCUGGGCGCCCUGCUGGUCUUCUUCUCAGACGGCGCCACGGACCUGUGGCUGGCCGCGGACUACUACCUGCGGGGGAACCGCUGGUGGUUCGGCCUGACGCUGGUGUUCGUGGUGGUCCCCUCAGCCGUGGUCCAGGUGCUCAGCUUCCGCUGGUUCGUCUACGACUACUCGGACUUCAGCCGCGCUGCCGUCGCCUCUGACGGAGCGGCGGUGGGAUGCGGCACGGGCGACGCCGCGUUGACGGGAGGCGACGGCAGCUUCAGCACCAAGGGCGACGCCGAGGCGCGCGACGCGAGCGCAGCGGCGACGGGGAACGCGGCGUUCGGUACCACGACGUGCGUGUCGUCCGGUCAGCCUGCCGCGGUGCGCGGGUCGCGGCGGAGCUGCAUCGUCUGCAUGUGGGUCUUCCAGACCGUCCUGCACGUCAUGCAGCUCGGCCAAGUGUGGAGGUACGUGCACGCCCUCUACCUGGGCGCCCAGAGCCGUUGGCAUAGCGACGGGCCCCGGCGACACCUCCACUGGCGGCUGAUGUUCGAGAGCGCUGACAUCACCAUGCUCCGCCUCCUGGAGGCGUUCCUCAAGUCGGCGCCGCAGCUCGUCCUGCAGCUCAGCAUCAUCAUCCACGAGAACACCGUGCUGCCACUGCAGGGUCUCUCGGCCUCGGCCUCCCUGGUGUCUCUGGCCUGGAUGGUGGCGUCCUACCAGAAGGUCCUGCGGGACUCGCGCGAGGACAAGCUGCCCAUGUCCUACAAGGCGGUGGUGGCCCAGAUGCUCUGGCACUUCUUCACCAUCGGCGCCCGCACCGUCACCUUCGCCCUCUUCGCCUCCGUCUUCCAGCUCUACUUCGGCAUCUUCAUCGUCAGCCACUGGUGCGUGAUGACCUUCUGGAUCAUCCAGGGCGAGACGGACUUCUGCAUGUCCAAGUGGGAGGAGAUCAUCUACAACAUGGUGGUGGGCAUCAUCUACAUCUUCUGCUGGUUCAACGUCAAGGAGGGCCCGAGCCGCCUGCGCAUGACGGUGUACUACUCCGUCACGCUGCUGGAGAACGUGGCGCUGACGGUGGCCUGGUACACCUACCGCGGCACGCACAUCUCCGACUUCUACGCGCUGCUGGUGGUGUGCCUGGUGGCCUGCAGCUUCGCCCUGGGCACCUUCUUCAUGCUGGCCUACUACUGCCUGCUGCACCCGGACGGCCCCGUGCUCAGCUCCCGCUGGGGCGCCUGCCUGGACCGGGGUGCGGCCGGGGCGGGGCCGCCCGGCGACGCCUGCCUCACCCCCUCCCAGGGGUCCCAGACCCCCGGGGCGUCGGAGCCGGUUGUAACCAGCCCCCCCCGGACCCUCCCCCGGACUAGAGAGGUGGCGGGCGACCCGGCGCCCGGGGAGCGGGACGGGGACAGCUGCCUGCCCAUCUUCCAGGUGCGGCCCUCGCCGGCCUCCUCGCCGCCGCUGCUCCGCCGGACGUUCUCCUCGCGGGGGGGGGACCCCCGCGAGGGGCCCGUGAUCCGCAUCGACCUGCCCAGGAAGCGCUACCCGGCCUGGGACGCCCACUUCAUCGACCGCCGCCUCCGCAAGACCAUCCUGGUUCUGGAGACCACGUCGCCCACCAGCCCCCGGAUCCAGUACCGGAGCAGCAUGAUGGGCAGCAUGGAGGUGCUGGAGUACGAGACCACCGUCUAGACCCCCUCAGACGCUCCUCCGUCUCA